CUGUUUAAGAACUGUCAUUAGGUUUUUGAUGCAAAUCUAUUUUAAGCCUUAUUUGUUCUUAACCAAAAAUUAAUCUCUGAAUCAUUAACACAUACAUAUUCACUACUGUAUUUGGUUUGAUCGAAGAAGUGUUUUAUUUUUCUAGUAGCAAUUUUAAAUACACCACAAUUUUAAAGACUUUUUAGAAUUUAAAGAAAAAUAUAAUCAAUCAAUAUAAAUCAAAGACAUGGAUGGACUAGAAUGGACAAGAGAAAAAUAUGCUGCAACCGGAGCAAGACAAGCUGGAAAAAGUGCUGAAGAACAAAAGGCAGCGCAAGAACAGGCUCGUCAACAGGACGAAGCAAUAAAUGGAUUUUUAUCACAGUGUAUGGAUCAAAAUGCUCGCGCCCGAUUAAACGCAUUGAAACUCCAUAAACCGGAAAGAGCACUAAUGGUCGAAGAAAUGAUUGUACGCGUGAAAAAGGCGGGCCAGAUACCCGGCAUAAUUGAUGAACCGACACUAAUUAGGAUACUCGAAGAUGUAAAUUCACAAUGUCCUCUUAAAACUUUCAGCGUUAAAUUUGAUCGUCGACGUGCUGCCAUCGAUUCAGAUGAUGAAGAUGACUACGGAUUGUAAGAGUCGCAAUAAAAAAUCCAAUGUUUAUAUGAUCUCACUCUGCAAAUUGCCUCUGUACAUUUUAUCACACUAUUUACUCAUUUUCUUAACCAGUUUUCUGUUAACGAUCGAAUUUCAAAAAUGUAAUAAACGAUUACCUCGAGACGUUCAUAUAAUUUCAGUUGAGCGUGCAUUUUUCAUAUAAAUUACUUUUGAAAUAAAACAAAUAAUUACUUAUCUA